UUUACCCUGACGUCAGUUUGCAGAACUAGCUCUGCCCUGUCUCCUUCAGUGUCUCCGAAACUCCUCUCAGUGAGAAUUGGGGGAGUAGAUGGGCUCGGCUCUGCUGCUCGCGCGCCCGGACCUCACGGAGUGAAAGACAUGAUUUCUUCCUGCACAUUUAAAGUGGACUAAAACAGCUACACGAUGAACACCUGCGCCUUUCUGCUCAUUUUGACUGUUCAGAUCUACGCCGAUGGCAUCGAGGGGCCAACAGCGGCAGGCUGCACGUUCGAAGAGGACUCGGACCCCAAUCUGUGUGACUUCACCCAGGGGGAGGAGGAUGACUUUGACUGGCUGCUGUUUCGGACGUACAGUUCACCCUAUGCCAGCUCUGACCUCUUGCGUGGAUCCUACAUGUUGGUGAACUCCUCCCAGCAUGCCGUGGGUCAUCGUGCUCAGCUGUCGCUGCAGACGCUGAGUGAAAACGACACGCACUGUGUCCAGUUCAGCUAUUUCUUGUACAGUCGUGAUGGCCACAGUCCAGGGGCCCUACGGGCGUAUGUGCGAGUCAACGGAGGUCCACUCGGCAGUCCGGUGUGGAACACGUCGGGGUCUCAUGCCAAGCAGUGGCACCAGGUUGAGCUGGCUGUCAGCACCUUCUGGCCUAAUGAAUACCAGGUACUGAUUGAGGCAACAGUUUCCAGAGAACGGCGAGGCUACAUUGCCAUAGAUGACAUCAUGGUGCUCAACUACCCCUGCUAUAAGGCGCCACACUUCUCCAGGCUCGGAGACGAGGAGGUCAAUGCUGGGCAAAAUGCUACGUUCCAGUGUGUUGCUGCUGGUAGAGCAUCAGAGGCUGAGAAGUUCUUGCUGGAGAGACACAAUGGGGACAUUUUAACAAUGGCGUCAGUCAAGCACUUGAGUCACCGGCGCUUUGUGGUAUCCUUCCAGCUAGACAACGUCCAGCGAACGGAUCAAGACCUUUACCGCUGUGUCACUCAGUCCCCCAGGGGCUCUGGGGUCUCAAACUUUGCUGAACUUGUUGUCAAAGUACCUCCAUCCCCCAUUGCGCCACCCCAGCUGCUGCGCGCCGGCUCCACUUAUCUAAUCAUCCAGCUCAACACCAACUCCAUCCUGGGAGAUGGCCCCAUUAUCAGGAAGGAGAUUGAGUACCGUGCCAGCCAGUCUCCGUGGUCAGAGGUGCACGGAGUCAACAUGGUCACCUAUAAGCUGUGGCACCUGGAUCCAGACACAGAGUACCACAUCAGCGUGCUGCUGACUCGGCCUGGAGAGGGAGGAACUGGCCCGCCUGGACCGCCUCUCGUGAGCAGGACCAAGUGUGCAGAGCCUAUGCGUCCAUUACGGGGCCUCACCGCCACAGAUAUCCAGUCCAGGCAGUUGUCCCUGCAGUGGGAGAAUCUGGCGUUCAACCUGACACGCUGCCACACCUACUCAGUGUCCCUGUGCUACCGCUACACCACGGCGGGAGGCGGUGGAGGCCACAACACCACGGUGCGCGAGUGCCUGGCAGUGGAACACAACGCCUCACGCUUCACGCUGCGUGAUCUGCCACCCUACCACGGCAUCCAUGUCCGUCUGUCACUGGCCAACCCAGAGGGGAAGAAAGAGGGCAGAGAGGUCACGUUCCAGACCGAGGAGGACAUUCCUGGAGGCAUAGCGCCGGAGUCGCUCACCUUCACCCCGCUGGAUGACAUGAUCUUCUUGAAGUGGGAGGAGCCUGUUGAGCCCAAUGGCCUUAUUACCCAGUAUGAGAUAAGUUACCAGAGCAUUGAGUCGUCUGAUCCUGGCAUCAAUGUCCCGGGACCCAGGAGGACUGUGUCCAAGCUGAAGAAUGAGACAUACCACAUGUUCUCCAACCUCCACCCGGGAACAACUUACCUCAUCUCCGUCCGAGCCCGCACAGUCAAGGGCUUUGGGCAGACUGCCCUCACUGAAAUCACCACUAACAUCUCAGCUCCCACAUUUGAUUACGGAGACAUGCCGUCCCCCCUAAGUGAGACAGAGAGCACCAUUACUGUUCUGCUGCGCCCAGCCCAAGGCAGAGGAGCACCUGUUAGUACAUACCAGGUGGUGGUUGAAGAGGAGACAGUGAAAAAAGUAAAGCGGGAGCUGGGGCUUCAAGAGUGUUUCCCGCUGCCCAUGUCCCAUGGUGAGGCACAGGCCCGGGGCACGCCACACUACUACACAGCGGAGCUGCCACCCAGCAGCCUCCCGGAGGCCAGUCCCUUCACUGUUGGCGACAAUCACACUUACAACGGCUACUGGAACAGCCCUUUGGACCCACGCAAAAGCUACCUUGUCUACUUCCAGGCUAUGAGCAACUUCAGAGGGGAAUCCAGAAUAAACUGCAUCCGCAUCGCUCGCAAAGCGGCCUGCAAGGAUCACCGCAAGGCUCUGGAGGUGUCUCAGCACUCUGAGGAGAUGGGUCUGAUUCUCGGGGUGUGUGCUGGAGGUCUGGUGGUCCUCAUCCUUCUGCUGGGUGCCGUCAUCAUCAUCAUUAAGAAAGGAAGGGACUACUACUCUUACUAUCCGAAACCAGUUAACAUGAAUAAGACACCCAUUACCUACCGGCAGGAGAAGAGCCAUAUGGGCUCCAUGGAGCGCAGUUUCACAGACCAGAGCACCCUGCAGGAGGAUGAAAGAAUGGCCCUUUCCUUCAUGGAUGCGCACACCUGCGGCACACGCAGUGAUGCUCGCAGUUCAGUGAACGAGGCCAGCAGCCUGCUGGGAGGCUCCCCGAGGCACCAGUGUGGACGUAAAGGCUCACCGUACCACACAGGGCAGCUCCACCCCGCCGUCCGGGUGGCUGACCUUCUCCAGCACAUCAACCAGAUGAAGACUGCCGAGGGCUACGGCUUUAAACAGGAGUACGAGAGCUUCUUUGAUGGCUGGGACUGCACAAAGAAGAAGGACAAAACCAAAGGGAGGCAUGACACCUUGUUGGGAUACGACCGCCACAGAGUAAAGCUCCACCCUCUCCUGGGAGACCCCAACUCAGACUACAUUAACGCUAACUACAUUGAUGGCUACCAUCGAUCCAACCACUUCAUCGCCACUCAGGGACCUAAGCAGGAGACUCUGUAUGAUUUUUGGAGGAUGGUGUGGCAGGAAAAUUGUUUCAGCAUCGUCAUGAUCACUAAGCUGGUGGAGGUUGGCAGGGUGAAAUGCUGUAAAUACUGGCCUGAUGACAGCGAGAUGUACGGUGACAUCAAAAUCACUCUGCUUAAAACAGAGACACUGGCUGAAUACACAGUCCGCACCUUUGCCUUGGAGAGGAGAGGAUAUUCAACCAAGCAUGAGGUGCGUCAGUUCCACUUUACAUCCUGGCCUGAGCACGGGGUGCCCUAUCACGCCACUGGACUGUUGGCCUUUAUACGAAGAGUGAAAGCCUCUACGCCUCCUGACGCUGGCCCUGUGGUGGUCCACUGCAGUGUGGGGGCGGGCCGUACCGGCUGCUACAUCGUGCUGGAUGUCAUGUUGGACAUGGCCGAGUGUGAAGGCGUGGUGGAUAUCUACAACUGUGUCAAAACCCUCUGCUCUCGACGCAUCAACAUGAUCCAGACAGAGGAGCAGUAUAUCUUUAUCCAUGAUGCCAUUUUGGAGGCCUGUCUGUGUGGAGAGACGGCAAUUUUGGUGAACGAGUUUGCCGUCACUUACAAGGAGAUGCUGCGAGUGGAUUCCCAGAGUAAUUCCUCUCAGCUACGGGAGGAGUUUCAGACGCUUAACUCUGUAACUCCCCACCUGGAUGUGGAAGAGUGCAGCAUUGCUCUGUUGCCCAGAAACCGAGAGAAGAACCGCAGCAUGGAUGUUCUGCCACCUGAUCGCGCCCUUGCCUUCUUGGUUACAACAGAAGGGGAGAGCAACAAUUACAUCAACGCCGCUCUCGCCGACAGCUUCCAUCGGCAGGCUGCUUUUAUUGUGACCCCUCACCCUCUGCCUGGUACCACGGCUGAUUUUUGGAGGCUGGUCUUCGACUACGGCUGCACAGCCGUGGUCAUGCUCAACCAACUCAACCAGUCAAACUCUGCCUGGCCGUGUGUUCAGUACUGGCCAGAGCCUGGUUUACAGCAGUACGGGCCCAUGGAAGUGGAGUUUCUGUCCAUGUCAGCGGAUGAAGAUGUCAUCACUCGUCUGUUCCGGGUCAUGAAUGUCACAAGGCUCCAAGAGGGCCAGCUGGUGGUGUGUCAGUUCCAGUUCCUGCGCUGGUCAGCAUAUCGAGAUGUUCCCGACUCCAAGAAGGCUUUCCUCAACCUAUUGGCUCAAGUGCACAAGUGGCAGAGGGAGUGUGGAGAAGGACGCACUGUUGUCCACUGCCUUAAUGGCGGUGGUCGCAGUGGGUCUUUCUGUGCCUGCAAUAUCCUUCUUGAGAUGAUCCAGUACCAGAACAUGGUGGACAUCUUCUAUGCUGUCAAAACUCUACGCAACUGCAAACCCAACAUGGUGGAGUCCCUGGACCAGUAUCGAUUCUGCUAUGACCUUGUCCUGGAGUACUUGGACUGCUUUGAAGGUAGAUAGCAACCAAGUGUUUACCACAGCUGCAGUAUCCCAUCUGCUGGAGAUUCGAUUUAUGGCAGCCCAGUGACCCCUCUACUUUAAUGUUUGGACCUAAGGACUUGGCGUUGAAAGGACUGCAAAGGAAAAAGAGGAGAAUAAAAAAACAUGGUCGAGGUUCUAUCUUUUAACCUUUAAUGUACAGCUGUGAUUUCCUCCUUGUUGGUGAUGUUUAUCUCUUUUGAUAUUUUUUUGUGCUUUUCUUGGUCCUCUUUGCCUCUGGACUAAAGCUCUUUUGUGCUAAGGGUUUCUGUAGCAGCAAAACAAUAUUCUGAGCUACAAAAUGGACCUGUCUGUUCUGAAGAAGAGUCACCUUGGCUGUGUUUCAUCGUUUCAUUCAAACAGCGAGGGGGCUGGAUGAAUUUCCAGAGUUACAGCAGAAUUAACGUGGAAGCAUUUUCUCCUCUUUCAAGAGCUAUGUACAACAGCAGUCCACUGUGGUUGUGGCAUGACUUAUCUACCAUACCAUAAACUGCCUUAUUCUCUGAUGAUAGGACAGAUUUAUUCUAAUCACUGAAUAAAUCUGAAAGGUUGUCAUACUGGUGUACAAACAGCAACAAGAGGUUUUAACAAGAGACCUACAGCAUUAGGGUAGACCAGCCCAGUCCUCAGCAGUAUUGAUGCAGAAACUGUACAGUAGUGCAACGUGUUGUAUUUUGCCAUAAUGUUUGUGCUGGAUUACCAUGUGUGCUAUAGGUGGACGUUUCCAGGGACCACAGCACUGGGCCUGGUGCCACCACUGGAGAUUCCUGUCUCAUUACUGUCACAGUGCCAAUCCCAUUGACUGACUUGAACCCUCUCUUUACUUUGCUCUACUGCUUCAUCUUGAUAUAUGCCUACAAACAUACAGUAUGUACUGCAUCAGCUAAUGUUCUCGCUCCAAAGUGAUUGUUUGUAUUUUAUACCCUGCGGGAAGGAAAAAGGAGCAGAGGAAACUGUUUGAAUUGUACUGACAUGCCAUAGUGGUGGUGUGAAAAUGAUGUUCCAUUAAUGCCGUGGUGAAGUGUCUAAACCAGUGCUGCAUUACAGGUUUGAGUCUGUAACACCUUUUACUCCUUUAUUGUCUGAGGCAUUUGGUUGUACUGUAAACUGUCACAGCAAGCUAAAACCAGAAUUUUAUUACAACCCUUUCAGGUAGGGGGCUCAUUUUGACAAUUUUGACAUGAAUAUUAGUUGUUGUUCCAAGUGGUGUAAAAUAAAUAAAGUAAAUAUAUAUGAAUAUAAAA